CAUACAUAAGCAUUGCUCCACCCUGUCAAAAUGUCUCCCACACCAACAAACUCCUGUAGUGACAGUAGUGCAUCAUCACAGCGCAACGACGGUGAACGUUCUUCACAGGCUCACUCAGCGCAGACUGCUGCGAGUAGUACUCGAACCCGCGGGUCAAGGACACAAACCAAAUGGCCAGAAGACAAGUUGACUGCAACUGGACUUGAUGAAAAAUUUUGGCCUACCCCAGAUGCUGCAAGGGAAAGAUUUGUAUUGGUCUGUGGCCUCAUUGCUCGGGAGAGGGUGUCAAUCAACAGGAAGCUUGAGGAUCUGUCACCAGUUGAGAAGGAACAGCUAUUCGAAGCAUUGCUGGAAAAGCUAGAGUACCCAGCCAAUCUGGAACCAACUGUUCGCAACAAGGCAAUUAAGGCAGCUAUGUCAGAGAUUGCAACCUUGCAACGGCGGUUCAAGGCCCAUUUAAGAAGAAAUUAUGUGAGGCAGGAGGAGUCUCCCUUUGAGAAGCAUGGCUUUUUGAAGCCAGAAGACUGGGAGGUGUUUGUGCAGGAAACCAAUUCUCCUUUUUUUCAGCGAGUGAGCCAGGAGAUGAAAGAUAAGAGAGCAUUGCAUAAUAAGCCACACAAGACGGGAAGAAAAGGUUAUCAUGGUAAAAGGAAAGAGUGGGAGGAGGAGGAUGCAAAGCUAGCUAGAGAAGGAAAAGAGAACCCUUGGGACCAAUUUCCUGGACGUUCGAGGUCAUAUCUGCGGGCAAGGGCGGCGAAGAGGAUGACCACUAGUGAAGGCACUAGUGAAGGAAGCGGGGACAUAACAUUCAGUAACCCUGCGGUGGUGGGGCUAGCAAAUAAGGUGAAAGACCUUGCAUCUAAGGCUAGUGAUGGUUCUUUCACUGGGGUUAGGGAGAAUGAUAUCCUCACCGCGGCACUUGAGAAUCCAGAGCAUCGAGGUCGGGUCCGAGGCGUGUCUAGUUCAGUUGGCUGGGGUAAAGGGUUUGGUGAAGAGUUUGCUGGAAUGUACAGGAAGAAGAGGAAGAAGACGAAGGAGAGGUCUGAUGCGGAGAAGGAAAAGAUAGUUGGUGAAACAGCCAUCAGAGUAAUCAACAUGCUAAGACAAGCAGGCGUGGUUAUACCGGAUGCUUUGUGUCCUACCCAACCAACACACACCGGUAGCAGCGAGCAAGAAGAUGCGAGUGUUAGUGCGGAAGAAGAUGUGCGUGGCAGCGGGGAAGACCAUGGGCCAUUCAACGAGAACGAAGCUGACAGUCGAUCAUCUAUGCUGGACACAAUAGAUAAGCUGACAGAGCCAACCAAGUGCAGCCUUUUGGAUGGCACCGGGCAUAACUUGGAGCUCGCAAAUCCAAAAUACAAGCCUGGUGUGCCUAUGUUGUCAGAAGCGGAUUUAGAUGCUGCUGGACCAAAUUGUGCCAGGUUGCAUGCUUACGUCAUGGAAAACAGUAAGGAUAAACUUGGCUUUCCAGCAAAGGUGCCUCAAGCCUACUUUGAAGGUGAUGGUGAUUUAAUGUUAAACAUUGCAUUCGAUGACGUGUACGACCUUAUAACCCUAGGUGCUCUGGAUGUUAGCUUCUUGAGGUUGUGGACAUUGAAAAUGAUGCAGAAUGCAGCAGAGAUGUAG